AUGUCAUCUCCGCAUCGCAGAGAUGAUGUAGACCCAAAUCGCCGCCGUGCGCGAGCGUCAGUACCAGCGCCAACCCCGACGACAUUUCUACUUGACCGAAAUCGAAACCCCAAAAAGAGGGCAUCACCGACACUCUCAGAACCAGAUUCCCUCAUUACUCCACCAGCAUCAGUAACAAGCUCAAUCGCAACUCGCUACUCAAAGGUCAUCAACCAGGCAAACAUGGCAACCCGAGGAGCCGCUAGCGGUUUCCAGAUCAUGGUCGACUUUAAUCGUGGACUAUGGGGGUUCUGUGGAGAAAAGGAGCAGAUUGUGGGCAACUGUGCGCUGUCGGGGGUUUGCUACGAUGAGGAGAGUUGUAAAGAUGGAUGUGGCGAUUUGAGUAGGAAAGAUUUGCGCGUUGCGAGAUGUUCAAGAGCGGACGCCUCCGGUAGCACCACCGGACCCUCCAUUUGCGCAACCGCCUACCUCACGCUUGACAAUAACCUCGGUCCCUUCCAGUACGUCGCCUGCGGCUGGACCACAACAAAAGCCCAUUACACCGCUUCGCAAGCUGAUGCCGCUCUCAAUCCCUUCUUGACCACCACGUCAUCUUCCUCAUCCGCUCCCUCCUCAGGUUCCUCACCAACCGUUCUCUCUCCAGCCUCCUCAUCGACUCUUCUCCCAUCGGCGUCUACCCUUGCGAAUCCAAGUCAAACCAUCACCACUAUGGCCAACCCUCUAUCCACUGACUCCCAAGAUUCAUUAUCAGGCAGCAGUGGUAGCGGUGGUAGCAACAGCAACAUCGGCGCGAUCGUAGGCGGCGUCAUCGGCGGUCUGGCAGUCAUCUGCGCCUUUGCUUUUGCCGCUUAUUUAGUCUGGGUCUAUCGAAUCCGAGACCGAAGGAAACAGGGGACUCAUGCCUCACAACCUUUAAAUGGCAACAGCGAUGAUAGCGGGAGAAGCUCAAAUAACGGGAGCCCCAGCCCACCAAGUAACAACCUACAACAUGUACCGUUAACUUAUAGCCCAAAUGGCCAGCCCCAACAAUACGGAUCUGGAUCUGGACUAGGACUAGGACAACUGCCACCAAGUAAUGCAAACGAGUACGGCAUCCCCUUCGUCCCCAUGACCGAAAUGGAGCAAAGAAGGAGGAUAAAAGACGCAGCGGAAGGCGGCUGGGGACCAAGAGAGUUAGAUAGUGGGUUUGAGAGGGGUGGUUGGGCACACGAGCAGCAAGGGAAGGAUGGGGGGGUGUAUGAGGUGGUGACGGAGGAGAAGGUGGUGGAAAUGCCGGUGGGGAGUGAGAGGUUUGAGUUGAGUAGUGGGUGGGAGGAUCAGAACCCAAGAGAUGGGCAUACGGGCAUACGGAGACAGACAUGA